AUGUAUUAGAUUUCCUCUUUUUGGAAUAAUUUAAAAAAUAAAGUUCAAAAUCUAGUUGAAGUUUAAAAUAAUAGUAAUAAAGAUAAAAGAAUAAUCUGCAUAUAAAAUUUUCUUUUAAAAGAACUGAAUUUAAAUCAUAAAGGAAAAGAUCAUUAAAUAGAGAAAUUAGUCUUUGUUCGAGAUUCUCAACUAAAUAUAGGAUCAAUAUAAUGUUAAGAUUGCUUUUAAUAAUAAGAAUAGAGUAAAGACUAUUAAUACUCUUUAGAUUUAUUAAAGAUUUUAGAAGAUGUUUACUAUUUUAUUGAUUAAGUUUCUACUUAUUUUUAAAAUGAUUAGUAAUUUUAAGAAGAGUAACCUUAUCAUUAACUUAAGAUAUUUAAGGUAAUGAAAGAAACAUUUGAUAUUAAAUCUAUAAAUAAAGACAUUAUUUGGAAGAUCAAUACUUGUAUUCUAGAAAUAGAAUCUCGGUUGUAUUUCAGCAUGGAGAAUACUUUAGAAUAUUUUGGAAAGAUUCAUUAUUAAAAUAUGAACAGAGUUUAGAUGAAUAGAUUUAUUUAGAAUAUUUAGAAUUAGCAAAAAUAAAUUAAUACUUACAGAUCUUAUAUUAAAUUAUUGCCAACAAUCAUUUCUAUAAGAAAAUUUCAUCCCUAAUCUGAAUAUAUUUAUUAAUAAACAGUUUCUUAUUAAUAUCUUGCUAUUUUGAUUAAUUAUUAAAUUAUAAUCUAUAACAUAAAAAGUGAAGUUAAAUUCAGUAAAGUUAAUGUGGAUUAUGAAAAUAACAAAAUUAUACUUUUUAAAUUUACUUAAGAUGAAAAAUAUUUGAUUUUUGCAUAUGAGAAACCAAAUCAUUUAAUAAUAUAUAAUAUGAAGGAUAAGAUAAUAUUAAAUAUACAAGAUUAAUAACCCUGUCUACAUAUGGCAUGCUAAGAAUAUAUUAAUUUGAACUACUUGAUUCUAUAUAAUCAAAAUUUAACUUUAAAAAAGUGUAUUUCCUUAGAAUAUCAAACUUCUAAUAAUUUUGAACUAAUAAAUAAAUUUUCUUUCCAAGAAAAAUAAAUCUAAACAUUCAUUUUUUAUGAUAAUUAGGAAAAAAAAUGGAAAUCCUUAAUAAGAAAUGACUAUGGAAGUAUUGCUACAAAAAAAAUUUAAAUAACUAAAAAAUUCAAACUUUAAUUAGUCUAAACAAAUAGAAUGAAUCGUCUUUAUUAUACUUUAAUUUCCAAUUAAAAAAAAAAAAUAAGAAAAGUUGCUACUUAAGAUUAAUAUUAAUUGAAUACUUACAUUUUAUCUAAAGAUGAGACCUUUAUAAUAUCUUCUUCAUUAUCUUUUUAUGAAAUUUCUACAGGAAAAAUUACCUUUUAGAUUAGACUAAACGAAAAUGAAGAGCUCUAAGAUGUACAAUUAGAAGAUGAUAAAGUAAAGAUUUUAACUUGGGAUAAUCUGUAUAUUUAUGAUCAAAUUAGUUAAAAAAAGACAAAUAGUUGA